AGCAGUCUAUUUCAUUUUGAAAUAUGUCAUUUAGACAAAUACAUUUUCCGAUGCAAAAUUAGUCUUGAAUAUCAUAAAAUUAAAAGUGGACUUAUUUUACCACAUGUGAUUGAAUAUGUCCAAAACAUUACAAACUUUUACUCGUUCAAAAAAUAUCAAUUCAAAAAAUAAAUUAGAUUUUAAUAACGUUGGUGGACUUGCGCAUCAUAUCAAAGCUCUCAAAGAACUUAUCAUUUUCCCAUUAUUAUAUGGAAAUCUAUACUCUCAUUUCAAUAUAAAAGCCCCUAGAGGUGUUCUAUUCUAUGGACCACCAGGAACUGGAAAAACUCUAUUAGCAGCUGCUUUAGCGAAAGAAAUCAAUAGGGAAAACCUCGGGAAAGUUAGCUUUUUCCAUAGAAAAGGUGCAGAUUGUCUUGACAAAUGGUUAGGAGAGUCUGAAAAAAAAUUAAAAGAUUUAUUUGAUAAGGCUGCUAAAGCUAGACCUUCUAUUAUAUUUUUCGAUGAAAUAGAUGGUUUGGCACCUAUACGUUCCCAAAAAAACGACCAUGUACACUGUAGUGUAGUCUCAACAUUAUUGGCUCUAAUGGAUGGUCUGGAUAACAUAAAUGGAGUGGUUGUAAUCGGUGCCACCAACAGGCUAGAUGCCUUGGACCCUGCUUUGAGACGUCCUGGGCGUUUCGAUAGAGAAUUAUAUUUCGCAAUGCCUUCUACUGAAGCACGAAAAGAAAUCAUUCAGGUCCAUACAAAAACUUGGAAGCACCCACCCUCUGAAGAAUUCAUAAACCGUCUAGCCAAUAUAACGGCAGGAUGUUGUGGAGCUGAUCUUCAGGCACUUUGUGCGGAAGCAGUAUUAUGCUGUACAAAACGACUUUAUCCUAAUAUUGAAAACACUGGAGGAACUUUCAAAGUUAGAAUCGAUCCAAAGAAAAUGAAAGUUGAAGAAUGUGAUUUCUUGAAUGCAAAGCUGAAUGUUAUACCUUCAUCUCAAAAAAUAGGAACUAAAAUGCGACAACUAUGUCCGAUUCUACGUCCAUUGUUGGAGAGGCAAAUAGACAAUAUAACUUCCCAUAUCGGGGCAAUCUGGCCACACUUUCUCAACCCUAAUUACAAAUAUGUGAUGGGGAGUAACAGAUAUGCAGGAAGGAUCAUUUUAAUUGGAUCGAACAAACAAGGAUUGUCUACUCAUAUUAUACCUGGUAUUUUGCAAAUACUGGAGCAUUUGCCAUGUUAUGUAUUGGAUAUUUCUACAUUCGGAGAGGACCAAUUUUUCAAUGUGAGGAAAGAUUUACCUUCACUUCUAGUAUUAUCAAGGGUGGAUGAAUGGUGGAAUUAUAUUGAAGAAUCAGAUCAGAUAAGCAUAGCUGCUACUUUAGAAGAUAUACAUGCAGGUGUUCCAAUACUAACAAUUGCAUCUUGUCGUGGAGAACUUCCUUUGAAGCUACACGACUUCUUCUACAAUAACUGUAGUGUUACACUAACAAUUGAAGAUCCUACUGAAAAAGAGAGAGGAAAAUUUUUUUCACCUAUAUUUUUCGAUGAAAAUCGGCUAAGUCUCUAUAAGGUUUUAAUGAACGCAAAAAACUUGCAAUCCGUUAAAAACUACCUUCAAAAUCAAACUGUUCCAAAACCAAUUUGUAGAGAAUUGAGAGCACUGAGAAAUCCAACAUUACGCAGUAAUGAUUGGUGUUAUAGAUUGAGAAGCGGUGGCAAAUCCCGAUAUAAAUCAAUAUCCCGCAGCAAUGUUGGAAGACUGAAUAAAAUAAAGAGAGAAAAACAAGAAUUGGUUGAAAAUAUGAGUAGAAAAUCGAUGAUACGAAGUGAAGAUUUCAAUAUAUUUCCACAUUUGAAUUCGAAUAUGGUGAACAAUUGUAUUCAAUCAUCUGUAUGCUAUAAAAUAAUAAAAACUGAACCGCAAGAUGAACCAUAUAGGAAUUUCAGUAGAGAAAAUAUUUUUAAGAACAGUACUGAUGAAGACAAAAAGAAAAUUUAUAAUUUGUGGGACCGAAUAUCGAUCAAUACAUCGAAAAAUAUGAGACUGACCCAUUUGGAAAUUUUAUAUGAUGCCAUAAUUCUAUGUCUCAGUAUGAAUAGAAAUAAUUUUCAAAAUGUAAUAGAAAGUGUUCAAGAAACUUUGUGUCGGAUAGAAAAUGCACAACAAAAUGUAAUAUAAUAUGUGUAUACAAGAUAUAUUAAAAGAAAUAUAAUAAUAUAAUAUA